GUCUAGAGUCCCUCACUUGCAUGUUGAAACUCAUUUAGCCAAGCUAGUGACGGACGGGAGGGUUAGGCAGACGGGGAUCUAUUACCCUCCAUGUGAGUGAGCCUAUUUUCUAUCUGCACACUUCGGAUGGAAAUAAUAAAUCAAUUCAUCUAGAAGUAGGUAGUAACCUGAUUAGAAUCGGAACGUCAAGAGCCAUACCGUCAUCUUGCAGAUACAUCGACGCGAUAGGUAAUCUAACGACUCUUUUCACGAAAGGAACUGCUGCACAUCCAACAAAGAAAAUAUUUGAACCUGCAGAAGUGUAUAUGCAUGAUGCGAACUUAAUAUAGCUACUCAGCUAUUGUCUAUAUCGCAUGUAGCACUUACAGUCUACUUAUUGAGAAUCAUGUAAAUUUAUGUACUGAAAAUUCUGUCGAUAUAUUUACAUGAUGGUUAGAAUCCUGCUCAUAUCGGUUGGAUUCAUCCUCUCCCGAGCCCUCGAGGUGGCCUGCGGACCAAUUGAUACGACCGAACUCACCAACAUAGAUGUCGCGGGAUUUCCUCCUAUUGUAUUUGCAGAACCCUAUGUCGCUGGGGUCGAUGACAGACCAGGAUGUAGAGAGGUUCCCGGCAGCGAUAAGUGGCCAAGCGAACAGGUCUGGGAUGCCUUCAACGAGACGCUCGGUGGCGUCCUGCUGAAGCCGCCUCCGGCAGGGGCAUUCUGCUACGAGGGUCCGUAUUAUAGCGCAGACUUAUGCGCUUUUCUUCAAUUCAACGCCACAUUCACGAGUUUCUGGCUGGAUGAUCCAGUAGAUGUGUUGACCCGGUGGCCGACGGGCAGCACUUGUCUUCCGACGUUGAAUCCCCAGGGGAAUUGCACUCAGGGGGGAUUGCCGACGUAUGUGGUCAAUGCCACCAGUGUCAAACAUGUUCAGGCGGCAGUUAACUUUGCGAGGAAUCAGAAUAUCAGACUCGUCAUCAAAAACACAGGCCAUGAUUUCGGCGGCCGAUCGACCGGUGCGUCAUCACUUAGCAUAUGGACCCAUUACCUAAAGGGUCUCGAAUUCAUCCCCAAAUACAGCAUCGCAAAUUACACUGGACCGGCGAUUCACUACGGCGCUGGGAUACAAUCGUGGGAGCUUAAUAACGCCAUGGUACAAUAUAACGUCACUCUUCUCGCUCCAGCCGUCAACACAGUCGGAGCAGGAGGCGGAUGGCUAGCCGCAGGCGGCCACACGACUGUAACGUCUACCUUUGGACUCGGAUCCGACCAAGUGCUCUCAUUGCAAGUUGUCACAGCUAAUGGACGUCUCGUGACGGUCGACCAAACAAGAAACGAGGAUCUCUUCUUUGCUCUACGCGGAGGCGGCGGCGCCACAUAUGGCGUAGUUGUGUCUGUGAUAGCCAAAGCUCACCCUCGAGUGAACACCACAGGAACAUCACUAAACCUGUCUUACGACCCGCUUAUCCCGCCCACGAACGCCACCUCCAACAGCACGUUUCAGUCCAACUACUACGUAAAAGACGUCGAGACCUUCUGGGCAGCUGCAAACGCAUACUACACUUUCGCACGGAACAUCACCAAAGCCGGAGGACUGGGGUUUACUUACAUCUACCCACUACCCAAUAACAGCCUCUCCCUAAUCGCAACCAACACCUUGGUGAACAAGAGCCCGGACGAAUUUUUCACUUUCAUGCAACCACUCUACGACGACCUCCACGCCGCUGGGGUCAAUGUCCCAAAUACCAAACCCCUUUUCUCCUCCCCCUACGGGACCACCAGCAACGGCGGCGGCAGCAGCCCCAACAACCGGCGAUAUAGCUCCCGGCUAAUCCCAUCUACACACUGGGAUGACGCUAAAUUAUUUUCCCAAGUCAUGUCUGCGAUCCGCACUUCCGUUACUGACGGGUAUAUCUUCCACGGCACCAUACACGCGCCUACCUACUCCGCGGCAGGUUACCCGGGUGAAGAAAGCGCGGUCAACCCGGCCUGGCGCAACGCAAGCAUGCACGCCAUGCUGUUCUACAAGGAUUUUAUCGGGGUGCAGACGGCCGCUGAAGCAGCUGCCAGCCAGGUCGAUAUGAAUGCGCAUAUAGAAUUGCUCAGAGAGUUGACGCCUGGCUCGGGGGCGUAUAUGAAUGAAGCAGAUCCGGCGGAGCCAGACUGGCAGGGGAGCUUUUUUGGGUACAAUUAUCCGAGGCUUUUGGACAUUAAGUUGAGUAGGGAUCCGUGGGGGGUGUUUUGGGCACCAACCACGGUGGGCAGUGAUAGGUGGGUUUUGAAGACGAAAGAUGGGUUUCCGUUUUCUGAGGAUGGGAGGCUGUGUCGGGCUUGAAGGUUUGGAGGCAACUAGUAUUUUUCAUUUUUCUUACGGAAGAAUGAGAUAUAAUACAUAUAUGGGCAACAAUAUCGAAUUUUCUUAGGCUUCAGACAAGCUGCUUGUUUAUACUAUUAAUAGAAUAUGUACUGUCGGCGGGUAUCCCUAGUUUCAAAUUGGACUCGUAUAUCUAAUUGAUAAUAUCGAGGUCACUUAUCCUUUUUCAAUGCUUAAUGGUGUUCUAAGUUAUAAAUAAAUAUUUUAAUUGGAUGACUUUGAAAACAACAGAUACUUGUACAAGGUUUCAAAGUAAAAUGUAGCUAAGGUCUGGAGAUCUAGUAUUGUUUUCCUGG